AUGUCAAAAGGCCGCGUUUGUCUUGCCUAUUCUGGAGGUCUUGAUACCUCGACUAUCUUGAAAUGGCUCAUUCUCGAGGGCUAUGAGGUUGUGUGCUUCCUCGCCGAUGUUGGUCAGGCCGAGGACUUCGAUGCUGUCGAAAAGAAGGCCCUCGCUCUUGGUGCGGAGCGCAUGAUCAUUGAAAACCUCCAGAAGGAAUUCGUCGAGCAGAUCGUCUUCCGAGCAGUCCAGUGCAAUGCCAUCUACGAGGACCGAUACCUCCUUGGAACUGCUCUGGCCCGACCUGUCAUCGCUCGCGCCCAGGUCCGCGUUGCUGAGAAGUACAACUGCAAUCUUCUGAGCCACGGCUGCACAGGCAAAGGCAACGAGUAUGGCACUUUCCACCACGAAAAUUUCCAAUUCGCUUGCAACCCUUCCAUCAAGGUCAUCGCCCCUUGGCGACUCCCCGAAUUCUGUAAAAAGUUCCAAGGUCGACAGGAUCUUCUUAAGUUCGCCGCCGAGAACAACAUCCCCGUUUCAUCGACCCCCAAGGCUCCUUGGAGCCAGGACGAGAACCUUGUCCACUGUUCGUACGAGGCCGGAAUUCUCGAAGACCCCGAUCAUACCCCUCCUAAGGAUCUUUGGACUCAGACUAUCGAUCCUCUUGUGGCACCCGACGAGCCUCUCGACUUCACCGUGUACUUCGAGAAGGGCCUCCUUGUCAAGGUUGCUACCCCUGACCAAGAGGCCACCGACUCAGUAGAGUUAUUCAAGCUGCUCAACAAGAUUGGUCACGACCACGGCGUCGGCCGAAUUGACAUUGUUGAGAACCGAUGGAUUGGACUCAAAAGCCGAGGAUGCUACGACACCCCUGGUCUCACCAUCGCCCGCCUUGCUCACGUCGAUCUCGAGGGCCUUGUCCUUGACUCCAAGGUCCGCAAGCUUCGAGACCAAUUUGUGACUAUCGAGUGGUCCCAGUGCCUUUACAAUGGCAUGUAUUUCUCCCCUGAGCGUGAGUGGCUCGAUGAGGCAAUUGUUUCUGCUCAAAAGGGUGUCAAUGGCCAAGUCCGCCUCCGCGCGUACAAGGGCAAUGUAUACGUCCUUGGACGAUCCAGUGAGACUAGCAGCCUCUACUCCCAGGAAGAUGCUUCAAUGGACAGUCUUGACACCUUUUCUCCCAUGGACAGCACUGGCUUCAUUGCUAUCCAGUCUAUCCGAUUGGAGAAGUAUGGUGCUCAGAAGGCUAAAGACGGCCAACCCCUUAGCCAGUCUUAA